GAGAGAUCCUUCAAAAUGACGUUGAAUGUGUGCUGACCUCUCCUGCCUAUAAAUGCUCUGUGUGACUCUUCCUGGGUACUGCCUGGAAAGAGUGCUGAUCUUCACAAUGAAGGCUCUCCUGGGAGGACUCCUGGUUCUGGCCACCUUUGUGAGGUCAUGCAGUGCCCAGUGCUACGUGAUACCCAUGGAGGGAAGUCAAGAUGACUCCCCAACUGAAUGCAAGGAUUCUGAUGGAGUCUCACACUCAAUGAACUCCAAUUGGGUGAGCAACUGUGAGGCAUGUUCUUGCAAUAGAAAUGGAAUUCAAUGCUGCAAUAUAGCUGCUAUACCUGUACAAUAUGACCAAAUCAAGUGCGAGUCCCAUUUCCAUAAGGACAACUGCAGCUACACUGUGGUGGAGCGUGAGAACCCGGGAAAACCCUGUGAAGUUCUUGCCUGGAUACUGUAACAUCCUCCACUAGGUCUGGUGUGCCCCUGCCAGGCCCCCUCUUGUGGUCUUUAACAAUCUGUAAUUGUGCAGCCCUCCUUUGCAUAAAAUCAUUCUUAAGCAAACCUUUGAA